GUUUGCAAGUCGAGGAGAAGUUAGAGGGGGACGGCAGAGGCGCGCGGUGCCAGAGUCCGGACAGCUAGAAUCCUCUGCGAGCGCGACGGGCGCACGACGCGCCGAGAACGAGACUUUUCGCAUUAUUUCCGUUCCGGCUGUGCAGGGGGCAGGCAAGCCUUUGACAUGCGACCGGCCGGACGCACAGCUUGUCAGUGUUAACGCAGGAGGAGCCUUGUUUGAGUCCCCCCCCAAGAUGCCUAAAGACGCGAGGAGCCUCGCGGCGCCGUUGCUCGUCCUCGCCCUGUGCGCCGCGGUGCAGCGAUCCGAGUCUGCGGCCUGCCAUGGAUGUGUGGGAAGCAAAUGUGACUGCAGUGGAGUAAAGGGGGCCAAGGGCGAGCGGGGCUUCCCAGGGCUCACAGGACCACCGGGGGUCCCUGGUUUCCCAGGCCCCGAAGGGCCAAUCGGCGCCAGAGGAGAGAAGGGUAGUGACGGGCCACAGGGGCUGUCUGGUCCAAAAGGAAUUAGAGGGCCUCCUGGAUUGCCAGGAUUUUCAGGAACACCAGGACUUCCAGGUCUACCAGGGCAGGACGGACCCCCAGGCCCAAGAGGAGUACCAGGCUGCAACGGCACAAAGGGUGAAAAGGGUUACCCAGGAAGUCCAGGAAUCAAUGGGCUGCAAGGAAUACCGGGUCCACCUGGUCUGCCGGGACAAAAGGGAGAUCCUGGCGAUGUGAUCUCCAGUGGUAUUUUUGGACCGAAAGGAGCAGUAGGAUUGCCUGGACUGCCAGGGCUUCCUGGCACUCCUGGUGCCCCCGGAUUGCAAGGUCCACUUGGCCCCCCUGGACCCAGAGGUUAUGAGGGUCGCCCGGGUGCUCCUGGUCUUCCUGGACCUAAAGGAAACAUGGGUUUGAACUUCCAGGGACCCAAAGGAGAAAAGGGUGAACAGGGUUUGCAAGGACCCCCUGGUCCUCCCGGACAGGUUGGGGAACAGAAGAAACCACCUGAGUCUGAGAUUCAGAGAGGAGACAAGGGGGACCCAGGAUCCCCUGGCCUCCCAGGUGAUCCCGGCUUUCCAGGACCUCCAGGACCCUCCGGUGGCCAGAAAGGAGAAAAGGGUGAACCAGGAGAGUUUGGAAAACGAGGUAAACCAGGCAAAGAUGGUGACCCUGGCCCCGUAGGCUUUCCCGGAAGCAAAGGAGAGCAAGGCUUCCCUGGUCCUCCAGGCAGGGAUGGAGAGCAAGGUACAAAGGGAGAUCGCGGAUUCCCAGGCCCACCAGGAAUUGUGAUCGGUCAGACCGGAGGUCAGGUUGGUCCUAAAGGUGAUCCUGGGCUACCUGGUUCACCAGGACUAAAAGGAGAAAGAGGACCACAAGGCCUAACAGGACCUCCUGGGGCACCAGGACUUCCUGCCAUUGGUGGAAGUGGUCCACCUGGAAAUCCAGGUUUGCCUGGAGAGAGAGGACAAAAGGGAGACACAGGUCCUCCAGGGUUUUCCUUGCCAGGGCCCCCAGGACGUCCAGGUUCUUCUGGUUUACAGGGUCCACCAGGGCCUCCUGGACCUCCUGGAAUUUCCAGUGGAGGACAAACUUGCAUCCCUGGGAAUCCUGGACAGCCUGGUGUUCCAGGAGAUAGGGGUUUCCAAGGAGAAACAGGCCAGAAAGGUGAAAAGGGGGAGACCUGUGUGAACUGCUUUGGUGAAACCAGUUCAAUCCCUGGACCCCAAGGACCUCAAGGACCACCAGGACUCCCUGGUCGUCCUGGCUCUCCUGGUAUCAAAGGUGACAGAGGAUUUCAAGGAAUCCGUGGUGACAAUGGCCUCCCUGGUGCCCCUGGUCCCCAAGGUGCUCCAGGACCGGUUGGAGAAAAAGGAGACCCAGGUGAUGCCAUUACAGUCAACGGUAUAAAGGGAGAAAAGGGUGACACUGGCUUUCCUGGAGUACCUGGUCUUCCUGGUUUGGAUGGCAGACCCGGCCGUAAUGGACAGCCUGGACCACCUGGGCCAAAAGGAAUUUCUGGCUCUCUAACGGUGAAAGGAGAUCGAGGACCCCCUGGUGAGCCUGGUGUUCAAGGUAUUCCAGGAGACAGGGGUCCACCUGGUUCCCCUGGCUUUGGACCACAGGGGCCUACAGGAGCAAAGGGUGUCCAGGGUGUAUCAGGAAGACCUGGAGCUCCUGGUGUACCUGGUGCUAAAGGUGAACCAGGCCUGACAAUAGCAGAAAAAGGCUUACCAGGACCUAGAGGACAGGAUGGCGAACCUGGACUGCCUGGUGCACCAGGUAACCCAGGUCAACCCGGACAGCCUGGUUUCGCUGGUUUACGAGGAGAAAAGGGUGAACCUGGACUCCCAGGCAUUGGACUCCCAGGACCACCAGGAGUAAAAGGAAUCCAAGGUAUCCCUGGUCAGCCAGGAGCUCCUGGAGGACCAGGAAGACCAGGUGUGGAUGGACGCCCUGGGCAGCCUGGAAGUCCUGGAUCCAAGGGUGAGCCUGGCUUUGGACUUCCUGGUCCUCCUGGCUUACCAGGACCAUCUGGAGCUAAAGGUUACCCAGGAGCUAAGGGAGAUCCUGGUUUCCCUGGUAGUCCUGGUCAGCCAGGACGUUCUGGAUAUGAUGGACCUACUGGGCUCAAAGGUGAACCUGGCACACCUGGUAUACCUGGAGCCCGUGGCCCACCUGGAUCCUCUACCACUGGUACUGUAGGACCCCCAGGCCCCCCUGGACCUCCGGGCCCAAUGGGAGAAACAGGAUUCCCUGGACAAAAUGGAGCGAAAGGAGACCCAGGCCCACCAGGACUUGACAUCCCAGGUUUGCCAGGAGACAGAGGAAUUUCUGGUCUACCGGGUUCCCCCGGGCCAAUUGGCCCUCCAGGACCUCCUGGAAGACCUGGACAAGAUGGGUUGCCUGGAUUGGCAGGUCAGAAAGGAGACAUGGGUGCCAUGGGAGCUCCAGGACCUGCUGGAGGCCCAGGACGCCCAGGAGCACCUGGUGGUCCUGGAUUUAAGGGUGAACCUGGAUUCCAAGGUAGAGAUGGUGAACUUGGUCCUCCUGGCGCUAAAGGAGAGAGGGGGGAUCAAGGUCUUCCAGGGCCUCCUGGAAUUGUGCAGUCAUUUUCUUCAAAAGGAGCAAAAGGAGAUCCAGGACCACCAGGUGCAACAGGACUUCCAGGCCAGAAAGGUAUUUCUGGUCUCAAUGGUGAUCCUGGACUACCGGGAUCGAAUGGACGCCCUGGACUCCCUGGCCCACCAGGUCCUAAGGGCGAUCCUGGAAUCCCUGGAGGCCCAGGAGCACUUGGCCCUCAAGGACAAAAGGGUGCAAUGGGAGAAAUGGGAAUUCCAGGACCAUCAGGGCAGAAAGGUGUACCAGGUCAGCCAGGACGACCAGGAUCCCAAGGUCAACCUGGAACACCUGGAUCCCCUGGAUUCAAAGGUGAACCAGGUUCUGCUGGUGCUGGGCCACCAGGACCACCUGGACAGAAGGGCGAGCCAGGACAACCUGGUUUCCCAGGAAGUCCAGGACUGAAAGGAACUCCAGGAUCACCUGGGCUGCCAGGUUUAUCAGGAGCACAAGGUUCCAAAGGCGAACCUGGCCUUCCAGGAUUCCAAGGUCCUCCUGGCAUCCCGGGUCCUAAAGGUCUUGAUGGGGAACCUGGUGCCACUGGUCUCACUGGAGCUCCUGGCCGACCAGGAGAGCCUGGUCGACCAGGACCAUCAGGGUUUCCAGGAGAUAAGGGUCAAGCAGGUCGUGAUGGUAUCCCAGGACCAUCUGGAAUCAAAGGGGAGCCAGGACUUCCUGGUUAUGGUAUUCCCGGUCCUCCUGGGCUGCCAGGUUCACCAGGUUCUAAGGGAGAUCCCGGUCUUCCUGGUCCAUCCGGCAGUCCUGGUUACCCUGGACCUAAAGGAGAUGCUGGCUCCCCUGGCUCCCCUGGUCUUCCAGGCAACAGCGGCCCACCCGGACCACCAGGACCAGCUGUACAGGGCCCUAAAGGAUUCCAAGGACCACCUGGACCACCUGGAAGAGCAGGUCCACCUGGCCCAGAGGGUCCUCGUGGCCCUGCAGGAAGUGGUGGUGUGAAGGGAGAGAAGGGUAUUCCUGGUGCCCCUGGCCAACCAGGCCUCUCUGGACAGAAAGGAGAAACUGGUUUUCCAGGAAUUCAAGGUUCUCCUGGACUUCCUGGUCCCCCUGGUGCAAAGGGGGACUUAGGUCCGCCUGGUGUUUCUGGAUUCCCUGGCAUGAAGGGAGACCCGGGCUCCCCUGGUAACCCAGGUCGUCCUGGGGACCCUGGGGACCGUGGAGUGACUGGCCCUCCUGGUGACCCAGGUGUAGUUUCAGCUCCCAUCAUGGUGAAGGGAGAGCGAGGACCUCCUGGUCCGCAGGGUCUACCGGGUCCUCGGGGUCCAACUGGUCCUCCUGGACGUGAAGGCCUCCCAGGCCAACCUGGUAACCCUGGAGAUCCUGGUACAGAUGGUCCUCCAGGCUUCAAUGGGCCUCCAGGACAAAAGGGAGAACUUGGGCCUUCCGGUCAACCUGGUCAGCGUGGCUAUCCUGGUCCACCUGGUUCAGAUGGUCCACAGGGUAUUCCAGGUCCUCCUGGAUCAGUCUCUGCCGCUCAUGGUUUCCUCAUCACCCGACACAGUCAGACUGGUGAAGUGCCCUUUUGCCCUGACGGAACUAACGUCAUCUACGACGGGUACUCCCUGCUCUAUGUGCAGGGCAACGAGAGGGCACAUGGACAGGACCUUGGUACGGCCGGCAGCUGCCUACGCAGGUUCAGCACCAUGCCCUUCAUGUUCUGCAACAUUAACAAUGUCUGCAACUUCGCCUCUCGCAAUGACUACUCCUACUGGCUGUCCACUCCUGAGCCCAUGCCUAUGUCCAUGGCUCCCAUCACCGGAGAGAGCAUCAAGCCAUUCAUCAGCCGGUGUGCUGUGUGUGAAGCUCCAGCCAUGGUUAUUGCAAUCCACAGUCAGACCAUCCAGAUACCUGCUUGUCCUGCUAAUUGGGAAAAUCUGUGGAUAGGCUACUCCUUCAUGAUGCACACUAGCGCAGGUGCAGAGGGUUCUGGUCAGGCGCUGGCCUCCCCUGGAUCCUGCCUGGAGGAGUUCCGCAGCGCUCCCUUCAUAGAGUGCCACGGCAGGGGGACGUGCAACUACUAUGGCAACUCAUACAGCUUCUGGCUGGCCACCAUAGAACCCAAUGAGAUGUUCAGUAAGCCCCAUUCUGAGACCUUGAAAGCUGGCAACCUGCGGACGCGCGUCAGCCGCUGUGUGGUCUGCAUGAAGAGGACGUAACGGAGUACGGCAACGAGCACAUCCAUCGUUGCCAAGGACGCCCGAUCAUAAGGAAGAGAUGAUUGGAUGAUGGGGGACAAGCAGGGGCAGCGGCGUUUGCUGUGACUGAAGUUGUCUUGGUGGCAAGGUGGAAUUCCAAUGGUGCCUACAGCAAAAACAGUAGUACUACUGUGCAACACAGCUUAAAGCAGAAAAAAACUGAUGUAAAUAAAUAUUACAUUUAGUCUAUGUUUUUCUUAAGAAGUACCUCAAAAUGAAAGCAGAAAUUUAUCCACUAAAUGGUGCUAUGAUGGAUGUGUGACAACAAAAGUGCAUCUUCAUCCUUUUCCCUUCUUUCCCAAAAGGAUCAUUGUUUCCUUUCUCCUUUUUAAGAAUCACUUUUGAUGUUGGUGCAAGAAAAAUGUGAUACUGUUCAGUUUUUAGACAGGAAACGCUAUUUUUUUGUUUUCAUUUUGUUUUUGGCCUUAUUGAUGAGGAGUGGAUGGUUACCAGAUCGGCACUUUGACUUUGGAACAUCCAAGACGAGAGAUGCACUGACGAUGAGCUUUUCCUAGUGAGACUGACCGCUUUUUGUACCGUUAGCUCUUCAUCCACACUUUCUCCGUCGUCGUCCUGGCUUUUUACAUUACAUUCGGUUGUACUAACACUUAGGCCGCCAUUACUUGUAAGUAAUAAAAUGUGUAUAUUGUGUAAAACACCAUUAGUUUUUUAGUGUAUGAGCUCCUAAAUCGGUGCCACCUAUUUCUUACAAAGCUGUUUUCCAGAUUAUGUUUUAGCACAUGCACACAUCUACUCAAUAUUGUACAAAGUAAGGCUUUUAUGAAUGAAACAGUAUUUUAUAUAUAUAUAAUGAAUAUAUAUUUGAAUAACAGGAUUCAAAGUUAUAUAAACUUUACUGGCUGUGGGAGACUGUUCAUCCAGAAAAGGGUCAUGCAUUUAAUAGAAAAACUGAGCUAACUACUGAACACAGAGCCAUGUUCCUCAAAGCAUAACAGUCAUGUAUGAAACUACAAAAGCCAAUCGCUUGAUUUCAAUUCAUAGAAUUAAUAAUUAAUAUUAAUAAUUAUAAUGUUGGACUGAAAGAGCAGGAUUUUGUUUCACAGGCAUUUGAAUUAAAAAUGUCCUCCUUCAUUAGAAAAUCAGAAUAUAAAUAUAUUUGUUUUGUGUAUUUAACAUUUCCAGGUGCUUCCAAUAAUAGAGGGCCUGAGGAUUUGGGUCCACAUUUGUACCCAAGUCCUUUAAAUCCACUUCCUCUGGCUUUAAUUUGUAUCCACGCUUCAUUCAAGUGUUCACACCCCACUGUUGAAGCACAGGUUGUGUUGUCAUUUAAAUCAGGUGUGUGUUGCCCCCUGAUGUACUGUAAGUCUACAAGAAAAAUGCUUCCUGUGAUUUUAUUGUUAUUAUUUUUUCACCACUUUUAUGAUUUCUAAUUUUGUCAAACUGGGGUGCGAAUAAAAAUGUGUAUCAGUUUGUUUUGAUCUUUUAUUGUUAUGUUUUUAUGUUAUCCAGAAGUUGUUAUAAACUUUUAAGACUGAAUUAAAUAACAUGUCCCAUG